GAUCGGUCGCACGGAGGGCACUUCGUGGACCUUCGCGCGUAGUGCGGGAGGCUCGGCUGACGCACACAAAGCUGGCAGAGCGGCAUCAGCGAGCAUGUGACACCGCCGACUGUGCGGGGCGCGCGGGCUGGUCGCCGCGUCACCGCCGGGAGGGGCAUCGCCGCCGACACUCGAUCAUUGUUUACAUGCCGACUAGUACACCACCACAUUCCACUCGGCGCGGUCGAUCGCCUCUCGUCAUUUACGUUACGAUCUGCAUUUAAAGUGAAAUCUAUGCCAAAAUUGCAUUUCUUUCAGUGAAUGUGAUACAUUGUUUGUUGAGUGAUAACAGUUGUGGCAUUGUACAGAAGUGAGCUCAUAUAACAAGCGACUAUGAAAUAAAAUGAAAAUUAGGUCUUGCCAGAUAACGCCGAAGCAAGUGCGUUUGCUUCUAUUCAAGGAGUGCGACUGGCGAGGGAGGAAACUCCUGUUUGACUCUUCGAUUAUAGAGAAAGUGCCAGCUGGCAAAGAUGUCGACGCGAAGCAGACCAAUACGUUUCCGUGCGUUGUGGAGGUUGCAGAAGGAUUCGCUUAUGUGUAUAAAGGUCCAGCGGCAGAUGCGAGCGUACUCGGUGAGAUGAUAUUCGGCGCUGUUGCAAUGAGCUGCAAAGGCGUCUCAUUGAAGAUUCACAUCAUGGAUGAACCGAAAAGGUUAAUGUGUACGAAAGUGUUCUGCGUGCCAACAUCCCGGCGCAUAAGCAGAGUUGAGCGUAAAGUUGAGGCGAGCUCUGUUGAGCUCAGGGAGCGUUCCAAACCUCUCAACGUGCCGCUGCAGAAAGAAGAGGUAUCGCUGAGCUUUUCCAUCGAUAGGGGAGACUCAGGUUUUUACGGAGAUCAAACGCCGCACAGCAGCAUCGGAUCCACCUACGAUUAUUUCUCCAUGUUUGACGUUUGGGACGGAAGCAAUACUCAGGACGACAUGUUCUCUUUUCACACCCCAUCAGGCCGCAAGUUAAGCACUUCGAGCAACGGCAGCUGGCAGCGACGCACGUCCAGAAAUCUGGCGACGCGCUUCGACCUCGGUACCAGCUCAAACCUGCUGGCUGUGCCUAGCGGCUCCACUACCACCGAUUCUCAGGUAUACAGCAGUAGCUCGACCAGCGGGACGAGCGACAGCCUGGCUAGUAGUUGCGCGGCGUUGAAGAAAAACAAGCUGGGGUUGGCUCUGCUCAUCAGUGUCCCUGAUGCUGCUGAGAAAGACUUCAUCCGGCGAUGCAUGGAGAUGUCCCCGCAACUGCAGAGCAUGGUGUGUCGGCUACGCCUGGCCACUAUGACGGCUGGUGCCGGCGGCAAGUUCGUCGCUACGUUGCAUCAGGCCGCACAUGACGCCGCUGGAUGGCUGUCUCAACUGCUGUCCGGGCCACGACUCCAACCAGCAUGGCUCCGUCUUGCAUCCAGCGAGCCUCCGCGCUCGCACAAGCUCGCCGACUCGUUGCUGGCGGACCUGUGCGCGGUGCUGGCCCAUGCUGACACCAAGGACACCAACUUCUUCUUCAGCACGCUGCUCACGCACGUGCUGACGUACCACCUGGGCUGGGUGAGCACGGUGAGCCCGUACGACGGCCCCGCGCCGCCGGUGCGCCGGCCGCACAACGCGCUGUGGGCGCAGCUGGCCGACCUGCACGGCGCCGUCGGCUUCCCCGUGCGCCAGGCCAAGACCAUCAUCAGCGGCGCCGAGACCGUCUUCGUCAACAAACUUCUAGUCGUCCUCACCUACUUCGUGCGCUGCGGCGACGUCGUCCGUAAUGACUUCGAGUUCGAUGACAGUGUUCUUAGGGAAAGUGAAACGGUGACGCUCAAAAGGACCGCGCCGGCUAAGUCCGAUAGUGUCAAGGAUGAUGCGACUCCCGCUCCGAGUCGCGGCUUCGGGCGGUCGCUAACGCUCGCCAAUCUAAAUCGGCAGCUCUCUACUAGUGUAGAUUUCGAGGAACGUUGCAUGUCGAGCGAGAAGAGUACGAGCGGGAUGAGGAGGAACCCCACGAUGGUGCUCGCGGCCAAGUCUUCCUCCGAUUCCAGUCUCGAUUCCACCGCGUCUGAGGAAGAAGUGGAAAGGAAGGUCGUGUUCGUCCUCGGCGACGAUGAGAAGCUAGUUGGGUUGAAGAACAAAUCAAACGGCGGAAAAAGCGUUAAAAGGUCCUCCAAAAUACAACACGAGCCGCUAAAUCUGGACGCGAUAGAGAAAGCUGGAGACGAGGAAAAUAACGGCUGCGAUCAGAAGCCUUGUGAGCAGAAAUGCUCCCGGAGCACCGAGAGCCCGUCCAAAUGCUGCGCACAAACACUUCAACAUUCCAAACCAAUAAAACAUUCCGGCUUUAAGUUCGAGUUCGAUAAAUACCCUCAAAUAGUCACUAAUUAUAUGAAAAGCAAGAACUUAGAAAUAUUAGAUAGGCAUUAUAUCGGGAAACCGGGAAAUCUGAAGCUCGACAAUUUCCAGUUCGAUCCGACCAUCGUUCCGCCGAUACAAGAGGAGCGUUGCGAGGCGUGCUAUAAAUGUCAGAUGAUGGAAUCUAUGCUUCAGACUCCCACGAACGCCUCCGAGUUGGAAUAUAUGAACGACGUACCGCGGCAGUCCGAUCCUCAGUAUGCGAAGGAGUCUAUAGUGAGCGAUAGUGUUCAAGUGUCCCCGAAGACUUUCUUUAGGAGAAAAAAGGAGGCGACUUUAGUUGUGAACGUUAAGCCUAGUGUGUCGGUGGAAGUGAGUAGGGUAGACGGGUGCUCGGGCGGGAGCGAGCGGGACAGAGGCGAGGUGCGGCAGGUGAUCGAGUUCUCGGUGCCGCGGCUGGUGCGGCGGCCGGCGCUGGCGGCCGGGCUCGACGGCUCUCUACUCGGCGGGGUCACCAACCAUUAUGUACCUGAUUUAGUUUUACAAGGAACAAUAUCGAAACCUCAAACGUGGGAGAUGGAUCUACGGCGCGAUCUGGAUUUAGCGUCGUGCCUCAACAAGGCGAGCGAUGCGGGCGCUAUGCCGGUCGCUAUUGUGGGCGAUACUGACGCUUGGGAGGUGCGCGUGGUGGGGCGCGAGGCGGGCGGCGGCAUGUCGGCGCUCGUGGGCGCCAUGCUGGACGCGCUGCCCGCCAUGCGCCGCGCGCGCCUGCCCGCCGCGCAGUGCCUAUCAUAUCUAGAGGGUAAGCUGCGCGAGUUCUGCGUACUGUCCAAGACGCUAGCCGACAUGCUGAUGUCGACGGACUUCUGCGACAUCGCCACCCUCACCAAGGCGCUCAACAUCGACGUCAACGACGUGCCGCUGCUGCUCGCCAUCGCCACCACGCACACGCCGCAGGUCGCCGCCAGAUACGGCAUCAGUUACAGGUAGCAAGCGAAAUAGAAAUGUAUCUGAUUACUAUAGAGCUCAAUUUUCAGUAAGCUGCUAUGUGGCCGAUUAUAUGAUAAGUGUUGUGAUGAUAUAGAGCUUGAUGUUUAAAUACUGUCUUGUCAUUAACUUAAUAUCGGAUAUGCUACAAGGCUGCCUAAAUAUUUAGUAUAAGCUUCAUCAUAUUAAAAAGAGGUGUCGCUAUUAAAAUCAUAAUGGGCUUGUUUAAGACUGAAUGCAAGUUUUAGUAGUGAGCCAUCUUUGAGAUGACUUCCUGUGAUUUCGAAAAUUCAAAUUUGAUUCUUUUUGUAGGAAAUUAGAAUGAAUAUUAUACCGGCUCGACUCAGAUGGUUUUGAGAAGUGGAUUUCUUUUUCUCGUAUACACCGUGUUUUUAUUGAUUGAAUUCCGUUAACUUCGGGAUAUCGGUAAGUACGUUUAAGGAAACUAUAUGGCAUAGUAAAUAAAUAAAUAAAAUACUUUUAUUAAUUAUUUUUAUUUUUAUAUAAAGUAAUUAAAUGUUGCAUAUAGCGUUUUUGUAACACGGGCAUUACAUUUAACUCAACGAAACAAUUGAAAACUGUGACAUAUCAAUGUCAUUUUGAACAUCAAUCGUCCGAAAUAGUAUUUACGUUUAGUAGCAAAUGUAUCAACUCAUACUUAACACUAAUCAAUAUGUAAACAGGCGCUAAGCCAAGUGUACGCGCUCGUAAGGGCCUUAUAUAAUAAAAAUUAAGUAUUCAUUUUCUCUGAAAUGGAGUUAAUUAGAAUACCGGUGUCUUUGAGAAAGUUACUUAAUUUAGGCUCAGGGAUGCACCCUUGAAAUUAACACAUUCACUGCCAGACAAAAAACGGCGCACUACCCCAGAAACCGGUGGUCUAUAGCUGCGUACAAAACAACCCGCCCAGCGGGUUGUCAGCGUGUUACGGCAUCUGAACAAAGUUCACGAGCACCCACCAGGUGGGUUCCUGGCAGUGAAUGUGUUAACGGAAAUUAAAAAAACACGGUGUAUAUAGCUCCGUUGGGACUAAAUUAGUUUUAGUAUUUAAUAUUUAAACAAGCUAUAAUCAAACAUUUUAACUUCUUAUAGACCGUCUGAGUUAAGUGGUAGAAAAGAUAUGUUGGAUUAAAUACUAAGACUGUUCUAUCAACUUGUGAAAUAAGAAAUAUUAACCAAUGAAUGCGGUGGAUGGGAUCUGUGAUUAUUAAAGUUUAUUUAUGUACGUAAACCGGAUAUAAAUAUAUAUUAUUGUAAUUAAAUCAUAAAAAGGCCUAGGAAGGUAACUGUUUAGAUAGGUGCACUCACACAGUUGUUGAUAAAAAGGAUGCCACUCAAUUUAUGCAAAUUAAUUUGCUAAUACACUUAAAAUCGUCUGUAAGUUGACUAUUAACUUUGGCUAUAUCACAACGCACCUAGUAUCACAUUUAUAUUCGUGUAAAAAUUUAUAUUCUAAUAUAUUGUUAUCAUUAAAAGUUUUACGAGAUUAUUCCAUAGAAAGUAAUGUACAGUAAUCAUGAAAAAUAUAUAUGUAUAACUGUAUGCAAACGUGUAGCUAAGCUUCAUGUUGGGAAGUUAUUUAUUAGCAUUUUCAAAAAGCCUAGUCUAAAAAUUAAUUUGAGAUAUCAGCUUUUAUAUGAAUAUGAAAUUAAAAGCGAGGCGUAGACUAGCAAGAACUUGCAUGCAAUUUACGUUACAUUGCCGACUACUAAGAUAAACUGCAUUCAAAAGUACGAUCAGAUACCGCAAUGUAAUGAAAAUUGCAUGCACGUUCUUGCUAGUCUAAACCUCGCUUAAAAAUGUUAAACAUUUAAAUGUUAAGUAUAUAAUUUUGACUCAUGUAUCGUGUUACGUCAGGCUUAGACAUGUUAUUUUUUUUAUAGUUGACCUUUUUCCAGGCCUAUGCCACACACUAUUGUGAUCUACCGACCACAUACGUGUCAAUAUAACUUCAUUCAUUAACAAUCUGAUUCAAGGUUCAAAUUAGAUUGAACUUUCGGAAAAUGUGACUCGUCUUCAAAUGAAAGACUAAAAAUUAACUAUUUGGAAUAUAUUUGGAGGAUUAAAUUUGGAGAAUCGCUCGCAGACGUAUCUAAUUAUAUUUGGACUUGUUGGGAAAACCUUCUAGAUUGGUACAACCUGGAAAAGGGUUAAUGUUAUAAUUAUUAAAAAACAAGACAUAGAUUAAAGUUAGGUCAGCAAGAUAAAAAAAAUAUUUGGUGAAAUAUUUUUCAGUAAAACUUAACUUCAGUUAAUGGAUUGCACUUUACCCUCCUGAGGCCCUACGUACAAUUUUUUGUACAUAUUCCGCAAUCUGGACUUUGAUAGAACAACUGAGAGUUUCAAAGUCAAAAACAAAACAACUGCUUCUGGGUGUUUAGGAGGCCGGAGGUUACGUGCAAACGUAGCGUAUGGACUCUAGCAAACGAAAAGCUAAAUGUGACGUUUUCAACCAAUUGAUACCACAUUACCGGAUGUCGAUAAGGUUGAUUUCAAAUUGAAGCUAUAUGGAAAUAGCGCCUUAUUGACAAUCGAUAAUAAGUAGCCUUUUGGUUUAAAUUGGCACAAAUGACCAACUAAAUUAAUCAUUAAACGCUUACCCCCUUAUUCAUAAACGUGCGCUAACGUUGACAAGCCGGUAACAAUCGUUUGAUCGUUUGAAUAAGUCGGAAAGGGACAAACGAUUAUUAGUGGCUUGUCAACUUUAGCACACGUUUAUGAAUAAGGGGGUUAGUAUUUUCAUUGGUUUUGUCCGUCUGCCAGUUCAAUCACUGUGUUGGAAAGUAAGUUAUGACAUGAAAUUGUAAACGACAGGCGUGUUUGAUUUUCAUUUAAUUUGUUUGCUGACUUAAUGUUUCAAGUAAUAAUCAUAUUCCGAGGUCAUUGUUGUAUUCAAAAUGUAAUGCUAUUUUUUUUAUACCUUAAUAAAUUAUUUUUGUCAUGGUCA